GCUAUCGACAUCUCAUGAAUCUGUCAUCUGUCAUCUGUCUUGGAGAAAAGCAUCCAUGAUCCCUUCCUUCAAGAUAGUUGCUACGAAUGCCUAGGCCGGGGAUCCUAUAACCUAAUUAAGUUCUUUAUUGUCUGAUAAUUCUGAGAUUGAUCUGGUCCUUUAGCGAUGGAAGAGCUAGAGGAAAAUGGUCCCAAGAUCUUUACAGGCUGCACUGAUGUGUUUUGUGGAAUCACCGUGGCAACAGACAAACAAAAUUGGAGCACUUUAGAUGAAUUCAAAAUGAUGUUAAGAGAUUCACUCGAUCACUGGAAGAAGACUGCCAUAAGAGGUAUCUGGAUCAAAGUACCGUUGCACCAAGCUGACCUUGUGGGAAUUAUUGCUAAGCUUGGCUUUGUGUUCCACCAUGCUCAACCCAAUUAUGUGAUGAUGACAAGAUGGCUUCCAGAAGAUGAGCCUAACAUGCUGCCAGGCUUUGCUACUCAUUACAUAGGUGUUGGUGGCUUUGUAUUGAAUGAGAAGAAUGAGCUGCUAGUCAUUCAGGAGUUGUAUGCAGGAAAAGGGCGAUGGAAACUCCCAGGGGGAGCCGUUGACCCAAAGGAAGAUCUACCAGAUGCUGUUUGUCGUGAGGUUCUGGAAGAGACAGGGAUCUCUGCGGAGUUCAAGUCCAUUGGCUGUUUCCGUCACUUGCAUAAGUUUCGCUUUGGUCGAUCUGAUAUCUACUUUGUAUGCCACUUACAACCACUGACCUCAGAAAUCAACAUGGACCCCAGAGAAAUAGCAGCGUGCAGAUGGAUGCCUAUCGAGGAGUACUUGGAGCACCCAGACGUCCAUGAAGCCAACAGGUACUUUGCCAGGCAAUGUCUUGCUGUAAUAUCUAAAGACUCUAAGGUGAAUCUCCGGCCUGAGGAAAGCAACAAUAGUCUGGUAUACUCUAUUCUUCCAAAAUCUGUAGCCACGUCACUGGAAACUUCAUCAUCAGGGGUUACAGACGGAGAAAGCUUGAGUGAUGAUCUGGAGAAAAUGGCGCUGAAGAACAGUUGAUGAUUGCCAAAAAGAUUAAGGUUAUAUGAUCAAGGAAUACUAUUCAGUAUUCAUCCAGUGGCAAAUGUACUUAUUCCUACAGUACAUUUAACUUUUAUGACCAGUUAGAAAUCCUCAUUUUAUAUGUAUUUUACAAAUAUGACAGGUUGUAUGACAUUUGAGCAAUAAGAAUUUUCUGAUUGCUCACCUGUCGAGGGUAGGAUAAAUAAAGUGCAAUUUGCCAUUUGGGGCUAACAGUGAAUAGCCAUUUUUAAUCCAGUGUAUAAGGACAGCUCAGGUAAAGUGAAAACAGCAGCCUUAAAAACACAGAUGGCCUUUAUAUAACGGUUUCCUUCAGUAUGAUGAUUCAAUGUUCUCUAUCCUAACCUGUAGUACACUUCCACUUUUCAAUGUUAAUGGCCAGUCAUACGCAGCCAUUUAAAAAAAAUACUAUCAGAAUCAGAAAUGCUUAAGUUUGUUGAGUAGCAAAUGUAUGGCAAGCCAAAGUGGAAAGAUUGAUAUUUAACAAUCGCAUGUCAAGGGAUUCUUGUAAAUACAAGUAUCCCACAAAUAUUUGUCUUUAGAACUCCUAUGCUCUAUAGCACUAACCUGUAUUUUCAUUCUUGUAAUUUCUGCAUUGUACCUAUAGAGAGCAAUACUAUUUGAUCUGUUGUUGUGUUGAGCAGUCUCUUUAUCAGUCGGUCUCCCUUGACAUUCUUGGUCUUUCCAUUAUGAAGUUUUGUCUUUCCUUCUUAGGUCCCUUAAUGCCUGGCUUAAAUGCUUCUGCACAUGCUCAACACAAUCUUUCUUGGUAAUUAAACUUCAUUGCCAUAUGGCUUUCUGUUAAUCACUACUGCGGGCAGGAGGUUUUACAAGGUUAUAUUAUUCACCUUCUCUCUAAACAUAACACAUUAAUGCUCAAAACCAAUAAAAAUCAUAAAAAUGCACCAACAUUAUAAUAAUAAUAAUAAUAAUAAUAAUACAUGAGAUUUAUACAGCGCCAUUAUCCAUUUUAAUUAAAUGCUCAAAUUAUCACACAAAAACAAAACAAAAGGAACCAAUACUACAGAAGAUGUGUAGUACAUGUACCUAUGAUCUGAUCUUUCUAAUUUAAUGCCAUGUUGAAUACUGCAUUAGUCUUGUCUUGAAGAAUACCAGGUAUAACAUGUUUACAUCUUGUCAUAGUGUAAUAGUGUAAUGCUUAAAACUCUGUAUUUGCUAUAGACCUUUGCAUGGUACGUCCUACCAGCAACCACAACCUGAUGGUUGUAAAAAACAAUGAUGACAUCACUGUUAAGUGCUGCAAGUUCUUGAGCUGUUUGAUUGACCGACCACUUCCUUAGCUUGUAAUAGGUUCCAUCUGGUGCAACAACACCUAGUGCAUCUGGCUUUAGCUUGCUCUUUGAUGCAGUGUAAAUAAAAUGUCCUCCUGAAAGGAAUGUUGCUGAAAACGCUCCUGGUGUUAAUUGUAAGCGGAGAAAUCACAGAACAGGUGAUUUUACUUAAAGUGAGUGGAAGUACACCACAUGAUGAAAGUUUACGGAAAACGUAGCUAGUUAAAUUUAAGUUAUUCAAAUGUUUUGAAAUGACAUUUUAUAAUCACAAAGUGAGUAAACUCACCAGAGUUUAUGCUUGAGAAUCCUUGUUAUUUGAGAAGAGAAGUAGCAUGCAAAGAUGUGAAAUUGACGAGUUUUCUAGGAAGGAUUCAGGAGGAUUCGUUCACGAUCCUUGAUUCACGUACGGAAGCACUUCCUUUCUAUGAAGUUGGAGUAACCCAUGCCACUUCAUUUCAGUAGUAGCCCUGUCUGACAUCGUAUUGCGAAUGUUCCCCAAUAUACGUCUUCCUGUCGGGCUGACCUCGUUUGCUAUUUCAUCUAUAUCCGACAGUACUUCCUUGAAGGUUGCCAAUGUAUUUGUUCCACCGUUUAAAUCAUAGCCAAACAAAAUGAAGAGUAUGGGACGCCGUGGUGAAGUUCAAAGAUGUUUAUUCAUUUUUUAUUAAAUAAAAAACGGAAACCCCUGGAUUGUACAGAAGAUGAAACAAAAGCAUCAUAAGUACAAUAAUCACACUAUAAAAUCAUGCAAGUCAUCAAUAUUGAUUGUGAUUAGAUUUCUGUAGAAAUAAAUACAUAGUAUUCAAUAUUAUCUGUAAAUACAUGUAUAGAUAUUAAACAGUCAUGACUCCGAUCAAUAUUAUUGAAUACAUAACACAAAUAUUCCUACGCAACUCACCCUAGACUAAGUGUCACACGGGUAAGGAAAAUACUACGUCAUCGUCUGUUGAAGCCUAGCUUUGUAGCGUGGUGUGUAUAAAGACACCUUACACCUUAGCGGCUAAAGUAGGAAAAAAACAUGAAAAAUCAAUUAUAUACUAUAGACAAUAUUUGUUGUAAAAUCCACAUGAUAUAUAAACCGAGUCUGAUACUUACAGACUACUCAUCAAUACCGUAAAAAAUUCAACAGAAGAAUACAUUUAACAUGCCUCGGUACAUUUCCACCGUACAGUGAAUAAAACAUCUCAUUACAUAAUAUACAAUAAUUGAAUCGACUCGUAUAUUACGACAUCAUAAACACUGGUAGCAAAGUAAAACUCAAUAGCAUCAAAUAUAUUCAAUGGUGCAACACAAACAGGCUACAUUGACGGCUUUAUACUUAAGCGUGUCGGAUGAUGUAAAGUAAAACAACCAGCUUCGCUUAAAGCAAGUGAAGGAAUGUCUGUUAACUUAAAUGCCCAUCAGGGCCUUGCCUGACAUAGCGCAUGUCUGGAAGGACUACUUUUCGAGCAUGAAUGCACAUCCUUCUGAACUAAGUAUAAUAAUCAAUUUUAGGAAAAGAACAAUAAAACAUACAUGAGAAAAUAUCAUAAUUUCCCCGCUGCAUAGGGAUGUAGUGGUAGGUAAAAGGGCUACAGCUUGCACGUGGGAGAAAACAAGCCACGAAACAUGGUCAUGAAUGCAUGGCUUGCAAGUUCAUCGGUGUCCCCUUUUGGUGCUUCUCAAAUGCUCGCAACUCAUUAUUUAUGCUGCCUACAUCUACAAAAUCAAUGAGUUCCCCAGUCGAAGAAGAAGAGUACACUAUGCCUGACUUAGUCUUCCUUUCAUCACAGAUGAGUGAUAAAUUGCUUUGGAACUCUUGCUUCAAAUUCAUCUCUUUGAUAGUUUGUUGUAUCGAACGUGAAGGACUCCUGUUUUCGCUUGUGUGUAAUGUGUAUAUUUUGUAAGUGUUCCUAUUGCAGGAAAUAUAAGAAACUUACUGUCUUUGAGAAGUUUGUAUGCUGCGGGGGACUUGCUGUGCACAGCAAUUGCCCAUCAAAUAACCAAUGGAUGUCAUCGCAUCUGUCUCCUGUUGGAGAACUUCAAUGCCUUUGUCUGCUCCUCCCACAACAGCUUCUGUGCUGACUUAUCAACAAGAUUCUCUUCAAUUACCCCCGCUGCAUCUUUCACAAUCUUUUCAGUCUCUUUCGUGUCUCCAACCGGCACACUCUCCUCUCUGAAUAUUUUCCUUAUUUUGUCCUGAAGUCUCCUCUGGCUACUUUUUACCUUCACUGUGUCCUUUUGUGUGUUCCUUGCUCUGGAGAUUAGUUGCUUUUUGGACAGAGAUUGCAAUUUUGCCUUUGAAGAAACAUGUGCUUUCAUAGGUGAAGACAACCUAUUCCGAUUCUUCAUGGAUAUAAAGUCACUCCUCUGGAUGGAACACACGCUGCAUUUAUCGUUGUCCUAUGGGAGGGCAUUAAAACUGUAAAUUGAAAUGAAAAGAGAGAGAACAAUGAUACAUUAUAACUGGGGGUGUGAUGUAUUCACACUUGAGGGGUUAAGAUAAUGCACUGAAAAUGUGUAGUAGAUACAGUAGAUACCAACAUUUGUAAGGGUGUCCUAUUUUGGAGGGUCCUCACACUACUUUAUAUACAUCAUACCACAAAUCUGCUAUCAUCAACAUCACGAUAGGGCAAGAGAUUGGGAUUUCUCUUCCGGUGACUUUCUGAUGCAGUGGACACGUUUAGACAAUCGAAGAACUUGUUGAACAUUUCAACAAACUGCCUAGUUCCAUCGGUAGAGGUAUCCCCGGUGUUGUCACUCUUGAGUUUCAGUGCGUUUGCAACCGAUUUGCUCAACACCUGGAGAAUAAUUAAACAAGAAUGUACAAACAUAAACAAUUACAGUGAAAAAACAUGUGACAAUGAAGUUGAU